AUGCUCACCCGUUCGUCGUCCGGGCUCGUUCGACGAGUUCCCCGUAUAGUGGCCAGCACGAAACGGCACCUUCUCGUUGGGCCUAUCGACCCGCUGUCAAACCUGCGGCCAGUUGUUUACGACGAUGCGCCCUCUCUUCCUCCGACAAUCAACACAAACAUCCGCCAUCCCUACUCCCUCUUCGAAUUCGUUCCAGCCACCGUACUCCACGAAGACGACCUUGAGCUACAAUACAAGCUCCAGCGACAGCAGCUAGAUGCUUUCCACCAAACGUUCUGGACGGAUAGUAACUUGCGCUUCGAGGCAGGGAAAGCUGCGAUUCUCUCCAGCCUUCCGGAAUCGUCCACGCCUCUCGACAAAGAACGCGCCCUGUCAGACUUCUGCACGCAGUGGUUGAUGCAGGAGGGGCCACGAACAGAUGCAUAUACAACCGAAUGGCGGAAGCGGCUAGUGGGAUGCAUGGCGUUGGGUAUACGCGUCCAUAUACAUCGCUUCAAAUCUCGAUUCGCCAGUGCACCAAAGUCAGAUUGA